CCAAUCAGAUUUAAGGUCCGAGGAAGCCAAAAUACGAGAAUAUGGAGCGUUAACAGGUUACAGAAGCUUUUUGUGGGACUUGAGUGCAUUUCGACAACUUGCAUCCAUGAGUAUCGAGGUGUCGGUGUUGUACUUUGCGAAAAGUGCUGAACUAGCUGGGGUGAAAUCAGAGACUUUAUGCGUCCGAGCUGAUAUAACGUCCAUUCAGCUGUGGCAAGAACUAGAGAAGCGACAUCCAAAACUAUUAGGUGUGCGUGAGCAAGUUGUAUUCGCGGUGCGUCAGGAGUACGUAGCUCUUGGGGAACAGCGCCUGAGCCUGAGUGAAGGGGACGAAGUUGCAGUUAUCCCGCCGCUCAGUGGAGGGUAAAAGCUGCG